GUUAUAGAUAAAAUUGAUUCGAGUCGCCAACAGUACACUGCAUAGAAAUGUCGGCGUUUGUGAAAACUUCAUUGGUCGCAUUUGUGAUACUUUUUACAAGUGGUAAAAUGGCUAACAGCCUGCCAAAUAAUGUGAAAUCAAACAACGGGAAUGUUGGUUUGGUCCAAACUGCGACAAGAUUCAUCGGCAGCGCCAUUCCUGUGUCAUUUUUUCAGCCAAAUGAGGAGAAGCACAGGUCACGCAGGGCAUUUGUUAUAAAUUGCUGCGGCUUUUAUCGCUGCGUUAAUGGCCGCAAGCAGAAUGUAACGACGACCAAGUGCACGAAGUCCUCAUCAGGCCUUGACCUGUCACUCCCGACCUUGCCGACCCUGCCCCCUGUGGACACGGGUUUGUUAGGGGCGAUUGGCAACGCGGCCGACUCGCUCUUAGGCGGCGGGGUCCCCACCAUUCCCACCCUGCCAACCUUGCCUCCACUCAACAUCAACUUGCCCUCCUUGGGAUCAACCAUCACCGUUUUAGGAUCAACCUGUCCCACUGGGUACACGUCCGACACAUCGGCGAUCACCGGUGGGUCUGGUGGCGGUCUUUUGAGUGGACUCUUUGGAAAAUGA